AUGCCAGAGCUGAUAGAAUACACUUGCAGCGUUGCCGGCUGCGAUAACACUCGUAUAUCUUAUGAGGCGAAUUGUACUUGGUGUCACAAGGUAUGGUGCUUGAACCACGUGAACGACGACGCACAUCAAUGUGCUGUUGUGGAGCGUACUUUACCUUCUAAUCUCCGUUAUCCAGAGUGGAAACUUAUACGGGAUGAUGCAAAUCGUAUAGAGCUCACCAAGCUUCUCGCACAAGUGAUUGAGCAUCAAUCUCACAUCAUUAAUGAUGCCAUUUCUCUUCGACCUGGCCACCUUUGCACCAUGGAUAUCCCUGUUGAUUAUGAAGCUCUCAAAGAAUCAAAAUGGUUCGCUUAUUACAACCUUCAUUUCCUCAUCCUUUUUGACGACAAAGUCAAAUGGCUUCUUCGUGUACGUCAAACCCGAGGUCAGAGACUUCCUAAAGAAAUCACCGAGACUGUAAUCAAGAGUGAGGUGGCAACGGUCAACCUUUUAAAAGGUUACGGAAUACCAGUACCGGGUGCUUAUCUUCCAGCUCACAUGGAUGCUUCAAAAGCCAAAGAGAAUGAUACAACCCUCGACUACUUCUUUUAUGAAUACAUGACUGGCUCUCCCGUUCAGCUUUUCACCAAGGGUUUCUGUGUUGAAGAUAUCCCCCCAGAGGCUACAAUGAGGCAUCUCAUCGAAGAAUAUGCUGGAAUGCAGAUCCAGCUUUCCAAUAUUCGCGUUCCAUAUAAGGCCCUUGGUUGUAUCUAUCCUACCGACAGCGGCGAAACUCAGGUCGGUCCAAUUGUUUCAAGAGGCUGUUUCAUGAAUCCGAAACCGCCAUACUUCAUGGGACCUUUCUCCUCACUGCGAGAGUUGACGUUAGCUCAUAUCGAAGCUGCUCUUCGUUACAUCAAACUUAAUGCGUUGCAGGGUCGUCAUCCACUUGACGAAUAUCUAUGGCAUCUGGAAAUGAGAGAACUAGUUGCCGCUUCCAAGGAAUUAGCAGAAGAAUCAGAAGAACUUUUCAUCAAACAUGUUGAUAAGAAAGGAGAUGAGAUGAUGGUUGACGGUAACGGUACCAUCGUAGGAAUCCUUGAUUGGGAAUGGGCAUAUGUUACGACUAAACGGGAUGCACUUUCUACUCCUUGGAUCUUCAAUCGAACCUUUGCAUACAUAAAAGCAGGCUCGAACGAGUUGACUGAAGCUGAAAAAUUUCUCAUCACAUGUUACGAGCAUCAUCAUCGUCCUGAUCUUGCGAACUGCGUUCGUGGUGGAAGACUGUACCUCCGUCUGGAAAGAAUUGGAUUUUAUGAUCCAGUCUACCGAAAAAGUGGUUUCAGGCAAGUCUUUGGUAAGGAUAUACCAGCCGAUUUCGAUCCUCCUUCAGAAGAUGUUGACUGGAGAGUAUACAUGAUCAAAAGGUAUCAAAAUGACAUCGGAUUGAGGGAGGUCAUGGAGAGAUUUGAAUGGACCCUGGAGAAGGCUGAAAUGGAAGCUAGUAGAUGGGUACGUAAAGAAGAGAAAAAGGGUUGA